UAGUUUAUCAACAACUCAAGCAUGUAUCACGAUUCGUAACACGUGUUUUAAAUACUUUAUAUAAUAAAAACGAGCAGUGCUUUCUUUGGUUAUUGAACGUUUGUUGUGAUAAACUGAGGUUGUUAUUGAACUUAGGAUAUAAAAUUACGAUACUUCCAGUGGAAGAAAGAAAAUAAGACGUCGCCAAGAUGGGACAUAACACAGCCAUGCUUAUUUUAACCUUGCUGAUUCCAUGCUUCUUUGCGGUUGCGAUGGUCUUCAAUGGAUUUGCCAGUGUUGAAAACAAUGAUUUGUACAAAUCAAGCACGUCUGAGCUGUCGGACAAAUAUAAUCUAGAAAUUACCCCGCCAGGAUUUACAUUCAUUAUCUGGGGCGUAAUAUAUACAUGGCAAGCACUCUGGAUUUUAUACGCCAUUGUAAAUUUAUUCAGGAAGAGGGAGAGUGAGCCGUACUACACAAAUCCUGUAUUACUUCCGGUCCCGUUUUUAGUGUCGUACCUCGUUAAUCAGGCCCUGAACUGUGGAUGGCUGGUAGCUUUUGACAGGGAACAACUAGAGCUGGCACUAGCUAUUCUUUUCCUGAUCGUGGUAACACUUCUUAUCUGUCUGUUCUUUUCGUACAGAAAUUUGAAUAGAGAGAUAGACGUUUUGAUUAAACAAGAGCGCAAGUCUGACGUUUGGUUGACAAGGUUUUUAGUACAAAACGGACUCGGUAUUUACGCCACGUGGACAGCCAUAGCUACUCAUUUGAAUUUCGGAUUCGUUCUCGCAUACAGAUCUGCACACGACAUUGGAGUUAAGAAUUCGUCUACAAUCGCUUUAGGCGUUUUAUCUGGUUUUAUACUGCUAUUUUUAGUUACAGACUGGGUUUUCUUGGACCGGUACACGCGUUACACAUUCACUCCCUACCUUGUCCUGGUCUGGGCUCUUUAUGGUGUGCUAGUUAAUAACUAUGAAUCUGGUGCGAGGAACACGAUAUUUACAAUAGUUCUGCUUGCGAUAUCUGGGGUUGCGGCGCUUGUGAAACUUUUCUUGAUGUUUUGGAGACAUUGCAGAAGAACUGAAGAUGGUGUCAAAAUAACCGACUCUACUGGUAUUAGAGUCUGAAGAACGUUCGGUUAUCAAACAACAUUAUGAUUCUAUUUUUCGUGAUAGUGCCAUAAAUAAGCACCUUUUACCAAAUGAAGUAUACCAGGUCGAUUUGCAUAUAUAUCUGAAAAGUAAAACAGUUAUAACUGUUAAAUUUAUUGCCGUGUGUGUGUCUCCUAAAUGUAAUUAGUUGCAACUACUGCCAUUAAAUACUUUUUUGCACAGAUACAUUUUUACUAAUUACAAAUGAGUUUUUUUAAUUUUCUGCAGAAUCUCAAGACUGGGUCUUUUUGAACAUUUUAAAGUGCAUAAUUGAUAUUUAUGGUGUUCUUAUUUGUUAUGUAUUCAUGUAAUUGUCUCAUUGCUUAUUUUCUCAAGUGACAAUGCUUGUAAAAACGUAAUUGCAAAACAAAAUUUUAACUAUUAUUUAUGCUAGUACAUCACAUCCUUAAUUCCCCCCAGUGGGAUAGUGACUUUUUGUACAUAUUUGUUUAUAACUUUACGCAAAAUAUUUCAGAUGUACAAAUUCAAUGGAAAACUUGAUAACAUUUUUAAAAAAAGAAAUACACGAAAAUAAUUGAAA